UCAAACAGAGCAGCGUUGACAUUUUCAAAACUUACAUUGUUGCUUUGUAUCUAUUAAUUAUUUUCUUAGAUAUUUUAAACGUUUACUGUAAAAAAAUCAAGUAUUCACGAUUGUCGAUUGAAGUGAUAAUUUAUAUAAUCAAGCCUAAUGUUUUAUGUGGACUCCCAACGCACGGUAACACGCCGUGAUAGUUCUCUGAUUGUUUCCAAAAAACAUCAGGGUCCGGAUGUGGACUUCGAUAAUUGGUCUGCGACUCAAGCACAAUCUACGCAACCUUUGAACAGCGAGUCGUCAGCGUCCUUAGCACCCCGACCUAGGGGAUCCGUGCAGAAAGAAUUGAUAACGAUGAUGUUUGAAUCAAUGUUAGAUAGUAUCGUUGACUCGUGGGAAGUUAUACCUUUAAAAGGUGACGACAGCACUCCUACCAUAGAUUUCGGUAAAACAGGCAGCGAUCUAACUUUUAACAGUAAGAAGAAAAAGAGUAAUGCAAAGUCAUCAAGAUCAAGACAAGGCCGAUCUAGACUUGAUAUGGAUCCUAAUCAGGCCGACUCCUCGCAAACUUGUUGGUGGUCAGCUCCAGAUGAGAAGGCUAUAAUAAGAUUUAAAAACGGCAACUUAUAUGAAGGAAACAUUUCUAUGAAAUGCAUGCACGGUGACGGCCGUUAUCAAUGGGCAGAUGGAACUGUUUACUUAGGUAACUUCAAUGAUAAUGAGAUGCGUGGUAAAGGCUUCAUUCACUGGAAAGAUGAUACUUGGUACGAGGGUGAUUUUGCGGGUAACCUCCGACACGGAAAAGGACUUUACGUGGACUCGCGAACGCAACGGUCCUAUGCCGGUGAGUGGCAUUGUGGAACAAAACACGGAGAAGGAGUUAUAUACUACUCGAAGACUUUUAAGAACUCUUACGAUGGACAUUGGAUUUAUAAUGAAAGGUUUGGAUACGGUUCACGCGAAUAUUGCGAUUGGAGCGGAUACAAAGGAGAAUGGGAAAGAAACGUUAGAAACGGUAAAGGAUUAAUGAUUUGGCCAAACCACGACUUGUAUCGCGGCGAUUGGAAAAACGGAGUCAUGUCUGGAUAUGGUAUAUACAUUUGGGAUGCGUGUUAUAAUAAUACCAUGGCACUUCCUUCUAUUAAUGCGUUUAGAGGCGCGUGGGAAAAAGGCCAGCGCCACGGAUAUGGCGUAUUGAACCUGGGACUAGGCCUGGGAUCACAUUAUAGAGGAGAAUUCAAGAAUAAUAAAAAGCAUGGAGUUGGAACAUUUGUUACAAAUAAUGGCCUUAUUCUACAAGAUAAGGCGCUCUUUCAUGAUGAUAAUUUAGGCCCACAAAUAGCUGGAUGCGAUGUUCGAUCUCUAGAUUUGAAACGUUUUUCUAAUUUAGAACCAUAUAACUUUCAAAUAUGCGACAGAACUGUAGGUCUUAUUUAUCACAUAGACCAGGCGCUUAAAAAUAUUGACAAGCAAGCCGAAAUAAGGACGAAUAUAAUAAAUGAAUAUAUAGAUAAUAACAGGAAUGUAGAAUGGGAUAUGUCCUUAGUUCUUCGGAAAGAUGAAAAUGUGGAAGAAGUUGGAUCGGAACAGUUUGACGGCAUGAUUAAGUUUGAAGAGAGUUCUUUACGAAAGGCUUUGAGGUGUUACGAAACCGACUUAUUAAACAUUUAUUACAAGUAUGCAACCAUAUGUAAUACUAACGAAAUAGGUUUUUCACCUGUUCUGAUACGAUUAUUUUUAUGGCAGUUAUAUUAUGAUUGUAAUGUUCAUGAAAGGGGUUUGACGCUGGUUGAUAUUGACAAUAUAUUUCACCAGAACAAAGAAUGGCUUGCUGUCAACCCUCACAAUCCAUUCGAGAAAAUUUACUUAUGGCAAUUCUUACACAGUCUGAUUUCAGUUGCUAGUAGAUUAUAUGCAAAGAGAGAAUUGCCGGGAACUAAGCCCGAUACUAUUCUAGCAAGUGCUUUCAGGAGAUUCAUGGAUUGUGAUGUUAUCCCAGGAUCAAGCCGACAACGGGGUAGGGGGCGUUUGGUGAAUGGGUUUGGCCAGUACAUACCUUUGACGGCUACUUACGAGCUUUACCGUGCUCUGGGCGAGCCGCAUACCGUGCGCCGUUUCCUCCGCGCGGUACGUCGCUCGCCGCAUUUCGUGGGCCGACCGGCACCCAACCUCGUCGAACCACUGGAUGGUACUGCACCAGUUGGCCGUAACCUGUAUAUUUUUGGAGAUGAACUUACUUUUGCCGUCGACGACAAUGAACUUCCUGAAAUCUUAGAAGAAAAGGAACAUCAGGACCUGAAACUUUUUAACUUUGGAAACUUGUCAAGUAAAACUAUUAUACGGAUAUUUUCACAAAUUUUUCCACAACUUUCCGAGUCGGACAAAAUCAUGAACCUAAACAUCGAGUUAACGUUUUUUGAGUUUUUUGAAGGCUUUGUAGCGUGUGCUGAGGAAAGUAUUCGCGUGAAGGAUGAAGAAUUAAAAUGGAGGGAGAAAUUUCUCGCUAGCAAUGAGACAUCGGUACCGCAUAGUGCUCCUGCUACACCUGGUCACGUACCGAAGGAGAAGACCAAGGAGCAUAAGGAAGCUAAGGAAGCAAAAUAAAUCGGCGCAUUCUAGAAACAAACAUUUUAUUUCAAUAAGUUAGGAGGUUUCACAACCAUGAUUGUUGCAUGAUCAUAUGAUUCCACAAAGCUUUCGCUCCUACUAUCGUUUAAGAAAAAGCCUCCUAGUCUUAACCCAAGGGUAGGUAGAUACUUACUUUAUUGUUGAAGUUGUUAUAAAACCGUAUAUUUUACUUAAUAAAGCGUGGCAUCUAUUUUA